GGUAAUAUAAUGAUAUUAUGAAGUAGGAAGUACAGUAAACCAUUUGCAAGCAGUAUAACUAUAUAUAAAAUAGAGAUAUAGAGCAAAUAUGAAAGUAAAUUAUAAACCAGAAAUACAGAAAAAUGUAAAAGAAACUUACUCAUAAUUCAGAUGGUGAAGAUUCUUGUCUCGCAAGGAAGGUUUUAAGAGAAAACCAUGAGGAGCCAUUUAUAAGGGUAGCUGAGUCAAGCUUCCCCCGCGAGAUAAGAGUGAGACCAAGGUCUCUCUAAAUUGUUUUGUCUCUCUCCCACUUUCGAUCCUAAUGGUAUCCGGAAAGUCCUCUUUCAAAACAUAAUGGUAAUGUAGAUGAGCUAUUUUUUAACCCUAUUGGUAUUGAUAUCAUAGUCUUUCUGAAAUAUAUUGGUUAUCUACUGUGUAAAUACAGUAUAAAUACUGGAGCUUGAGCUCCAGGUGUCAGAUCACUUCUGAGAAUUCUCAUCGGUGUGGAUCUCGUGUGGUGGAACGGAACCAAUAAAUCUGGACCCUUGCUUCUUCUCACUCACGGCUGGUGUCUUUUUUUCUAUCUCCAACUGGGUUCACAGAUGUGAGUAUUUGCUUCUAUGUUGAAUUUUAAGUGUUUUUGGGUAAUAGGCUAAAUUUGAACCAGCACAGGCAAGGUGCUGAAUAUCCAUCCAUCACUGCUGUCUUCCUACAAAGGUAUGAAUGCACAAAAGCAAGCACAGCUGGCUGGGAUUCGGAUAACCGGAUGCACUGUGCACUUUGUGGCUGAGGAGGUGGACGCAGGUACCAUCAUCAUACAGGAAGCUGGUCCCAUUCUGACUGACACCGAGGACAAUCCAUCAGAGCGCAUCCGGGAGGCAGAGCAUCAGGCCUUCCCCACUGCUUUAGAGCUUGUAGCAAGUGGAACAGUGAGACUUGGGGAAGAUGGGCACAUCAUCUGGAACCAGUCAGCAUAGGUGUUGGGGCUUGAGCUUAAUAUAGAGAUGCAGUACUGCAUGGACAUGGUCACAUGGUAACAGUACCUCUGUCCGUGACUCUGAAUUAGUCUCGAUUACACUGAGUGAGUGUUCAUUUAAUCUCAUUUCAGAUGUUGAUGCUAGUGUGUUGUACAUUGUCCUGUGUAGAGUUUUACAAUGAGUAAAACUGUUACAAUGUUGCCAUCACGUAUUACUGAACACUCCAUACUGAAUCAAAAAAGUAGUUAUAUUAGUAACUUAGCUGCUAUUAUGAGUCCACUUUACCCCUUCCUAUUGUG